CUUCGACUGCUAGAGACCGCUGAAAGUCAAAGGGUCACGAGAAAACUUUUGUGUUGUGAUAACAGUCUGUGUGAUAAUCAUAUUUUUAGAUGGAAUUUGUUAUUGGCGGCGCUGCAGCAUGUUGUGCUGGUAUUUUUACUAAUCCUUUAGAAGUGGUGAAGACUCGUUUACAACUUCAAGGCGAACUGCAAAGUAGAGGAGUUUAUACAGUACAUUAUAAGAAUGCAUUUCAUGCGUUUUAUGUUAUUGCUAAAGCAGAUGGAAUCUUAGCAUUGCAAAACGGCCUUGUUCCUGCACUGUGGUACCAAUUGUUUAUGAAUGGGGUUCGCUUAGGAACAUUUGAUUACAUUCAAAAAAGUGGCUUUAUUCAUUCUGGCGGAGAAGUUAGCUUUCCUAGGAGUAUUAUUGCUGGAGCUGCUGCAGGAUGUAUUGGCGCAUUAAUUGGAAGUCCUUUUUACAUGGUUAAAACACAAAUUCAAGCCCAGUCUUCGUCCAAUAUUGCUGUGGGGUUUCAACAUAAGCAUCAAGGCAUGAGCAAAGCAUUUAGAUCUGUUCUUAAGCAUCAUGGCCCUCUUGCUUUAUGGCGUGGAGCUAGUGCAGCAAUGGCAAGAGUUACAUGUGGUUCUUCAGCACAGUUGGCUACUUUUUCAAAAACAAAGGAUUUUAUAGAUAACUUUCAUAUUUUCAAACCAAAUAGCUGGUUAUCAGCUCUUCUAGCUAGUACAUUGGGAGGGUUUGCAGUUGUUGUGUGCAUGACACCGCUAGAUGUCGUAUCCACUCGUUUGUAUAACCAAGGUGUUGAUAGCAAAGGCAGAGGAUUAAUUUACUCUGGCCUGUUUGACUGUAUACGAAAAAUUACUGCAUCUGAAGGAUUUUUUGGUUUUUAUAAAGGGAGUACAGCAUCUUUAUUGAGAACUGGCCCACACACUGUUCUUUCAUUAAUGUUUUGGAGUGAGUUUCGAAAGCUAUACAGUAGUCAUUUAGCUGUUGAAAAAAGUUAAUUUGUUAGAGAAAUAUUAUUAUGAUUGAAAAGUUUAUAUUUAUUAGAUUUUGAAAACAACUCUAAAAUCUCAUUUUUUCAAUUAUGCACAUUUUUUACAUUUUAAGAUGUAGUUUAUUACUAAUUAUUUUAUUUUGAGUGAUUUAAUGAAUCUCAUGUUUUAAAAUUUAUCUUUGUUGAAAGUUGAAGUUAGUAAGUAAAAUAUUUAGUUUCAUAUCGUUUAUUUCAGAGGAACUAAAAUAGAAACAAAUACUGUAUAAUGUUGCACACGAAGGGAUAACCCCAAACGUGAGCUUAUUGUUGCAGGUACAAUUUUUGGGGAAUAAAGUAAUAUUUAAAAAUUUUACUCAAAUUGUCAAAAUUGAACCAUCCCAAAAUUGGUUUCCAUUAGGAUUUUGAGUUUUUUUUCCAAAGUAUGUGACCAUAAACUCUUUUGUAAAUUCAUCGUUUGUUAUUGGUAGGAAUCAUAAGAAAAGCACAACAAUGCUUAUGUGAUAUUGCUUAUGGGAUAAAAGCAAGAUUGAAAUCUGAGUUGGAUAACAAAUGAAAUAAAUAGUGAAAAUAAUGUGAACAGGUGCAAGGACACGAGAUGCCAAGAGUUGAGAGCUCUUGUAGUGAAAUUUGUCUUUAACAAUCAGUUCUGAAUGACAAAAAUAAAAUUAAUUUAGAGAUUAGAAAAUAGGAAUCAAAAUUGACACUUGCUUUGGCAAUAGAAAGUUAGUAAUGUUUUGCCGUGAUGGUUCAUGCAGUCUGAUUAAAUUUUCUUGCUAAAAAAUUUGACAACUCUUCACUCAAGAUUUCUCUUUGGUUGAGUGAUCCUACCUGAUGGGUGUUGGAACAAUAAAACAGUAUCAUAACAUUAAAUCUUCAAUUAAGACACCUACCCCAAUUUACAGAAAUAUUUUUUCAAGAAAAAUUGUGUAUUUUUCAAGAUUGUACAAUAUUAUUUAAGCUGUAGGAACACCAUUGUUAAUCUAUUUAAUCUAAUUACUAUUACAUUUUUAAAAUAAAUAUCUCAAAAAAAAAAAAAAAAAAAAAAAAAAAAAAAAAAAAAAAAAAAAAAAAAACCUCAUGCAUGUGUUUAUUCAAUUUAAAGCUUUUACAAAGAUUUUCACCUAUCAACUAAAAUCAUUCUCAAAAUGGCUUUUAAGAAAAAAAUAAAAAUGAGGCAACUAUUAACAUUCCAACAGGGUAUGUUCUUUGAAUCAACUAGAAAAGCCAUGUGCAUUUCUCAGGUAUGCUAAAGGGAAAUGGGAAUAUGAUAACUUAUUAAUGAAAUUAUGAUGUACUUAGUCAAGAGCUAAUAACUCUUUAUUUAAACCAGUGUUUAUUUGAAGUUAUGAAAUUGAAUUCAACUGUAAUGUAUCUCCCAGAUGUAGGUACCUCAUGGCAGGUUAAAAGAAUAAAAUUCUAUCACUAUUUAUUUAUAAAAAUUUACUUGAACAUUUGAAUUCAUGGAUGUACAUAAAAAUGUACCCUAUUGACAUUUAUUUUCUUAUCCAAAUAGUUUAUGUAUACAAUUUAAUAAUGUUUUAUACAUUGAUUGUUUUGACUUUUGUUAUUUAAUGAAUUUACAAAAAUAUUUUUAUAGUAACAUUUUAUGAUAAAUCACAUUUGAAAAAAAAAAAUUGUUUGUUUUUUCACAUUUUAAAAGUAAUUUCCAUGUACUUUUGAAGAAAUAUACAAGGUGUUCCGUUUUAACCUGCAAGACCUCUAUUUUUUUUUUCAACCAUUAGUCCUAGGUGCAUACUUUCAAUUGCAAAAAUGUUAGAAAUCAGAUGCAAAGUUAAGAUAUUAAAAAAUUAAAACAAAAAUCAAAAUGAGUCAAAAAAUAUAAAAUUUAACUUUUUAUACGGAUCCUAGGUCCCUUAACUUUUAUUUAGGGAAAUAAUCUGUUCAUUGAAACCACUCCAUGUUCGCAUAUAAUUAAAAACCUUUGUUAACUGCUAUAUUUUCCCUCAAAAGGUCUUAUUGACUGUGAGUGUAAAGUGGUUUAAGUUCACAAAAAACUGCGUUUCAUAUCUCCGUGAAUAUUGGUCAUACUAAAGUCAAACUUUAUAUGUUGGAAUUAUUUUUCAAUGGAGAUUAUUUCCCUAACUAUAAGUUUGGACACUUAUAGCCCGUAUAAAAAGUUAAAUUUUGUAUUUUUUGACUAUUUAUAUUUUUGCUUUAAACUUUCAACAUCUCAACUCUGCAUCUGAUUUUGAACAUUUUUGCAAUUGAAAGUAUGUAUCUAGGACUAACAGUAGCGAAAAUAGAGGUCUUGCAGGUUAAAACCGAACACCCUGUAUAGAUUGUUGAAAUAAAUAUUUCAUUUAGUUCUGAAGGAAAAUCUUAUGUCUCACAUUAAUUGAUUUUUGCUGUAACACUUAUUUUCUAUUUUCACUUAAAUUUGUUUUACAAUGUAUAUAUUUCAGAUAUUACGAAAACUACGGAGAUUUUAGCAUUUACUUCUGGGGGUUGGGUGGAGGGAGUACUCUGAAAAUUGACCCCUCCCUCCCCCUAUAAAAGCCAAAGAUUUGAGAUAUGUGACUACUUAAUGCUAGUACAGGGUGACGACAGGAACUGUGAAAAAAAGUUCCCUGACUUUUCCCUGAUUAAGUUCACCAAAUUUCCCUGAUUUACGUUACCAAUGGUAAUGAUUUUCUUUCUUUGCUCUACUUGAAAUCCAAUGUAUGUUUGUAAAAAAUGCAGUAUUUUAAAUGUUUUAAGUUGUGUAAAGUUGUUGAACUAAACAUAUAUU